AUGACCGAAGUGAAGACAGGGAUAUUAUCAGUACAGAAUAUAACAGGGAAAAAUAAAUCACGUCCAAUACGCCUCCAGCUGUCAGCUGAUAAUCUGAUACUGCAGCAGGAAGAAUGGGUCACUGCUGCUCUUCAGGAGGAGGAUGAGGCCUUCUUAAAUAUGGUACGAGAUGUGACGAUAAUUAAAGAAAAUGGAGCAGGGUUAGGUCUAUGUGUCAAGGGAGGUAAUGAACAUAAUCUCCCUGUUCUCAUCUCCAGAAUCAUCAAAGGACAGGCAGCUGAUGCCACUGGUAAACUCGUGGUUGGAGACUCCAUUUUAAAGGUCAAUGAUGUAACUGUAGAGAAUGCUAACCAUGAUGAAGUUGUCAAGUUAUUAAAAGAAGCAGGGGAGACAAUCUCAUUAACAGUUAAACAUUUUAAACCUGCGUCUCAUUUUUUAAAUAGAGGAAAUAAUUACAGGAAAGAUUCAACAGAGGAGGAAAGACAGUUACAUAUACCAGGGUUACCACGAAUAGAGAAAAUCUGGUCCAAUGUGGUAGGAAUACCGUUAUUAUAUGGCCGGGUAUCUCGGUAUUUCCCUGGCACCGACAAACUCAGGAGUAACAGUUUUGAAGUAUUUGGUGUUGAUGGAGCUAGUUCUGGUCCAGUAUAUUGUGAAGAUAAUAGACUAAUGGCUGAAUGGAUUCAAGCAGUAACCACUAAUAUUGACAGUCUUCUUAAUCAAAUGAUUCAAAUGACCAACAGAUUGUUAAUACCAGAGGAACAGAUCUAUCAUAUGUGUUGGACCAGUGAGAAGAUGUCAGCUGACCGUCACUGUCAGGCAUGGAAAGCCAAGUUUCUCUCGUUGAAGGCUGCUGAUUUAUUACUCUUUGAUAUACCACCUAUGCAUGCUAGAGACUGGAGUAUAUGUGAAAUGAAGUAUAAGGUAUAUGAGUGUAUGUUUAAACUGUUAGAGGAUAAGGAACAGCCUGAUGACAGACAGUAUUGUUGUAGAAUACAGACAGGUAGUGGAGAUGAUAUUGUAUUAAGUUUAGAAUCCAGGGCUGAGUUAUUACAGUUAGAGAAAGCCUGGUAUAGAUCUAAUACUCUAGCAAUAAAACGUCUUGUGAGUAAGACGUUUGGUUGUACGUGGAGAGGAGCUCUAUCUGGUCUGACCAUUGAUCUAAAUUUUGGUUUCUCACUUUAUGAUCAUGAAACUAAGAGUUUUAUGUGGACUUAUAAAUUUUCUCAGUUAAAAUCUUCCUCUGAUGAUGGGAAGAAAAAAUUAGUUCUGACUUUUAAUAAUGAGAACUCCAAAGAAACAGAGACCAGGGAGAUAGAAUGUACAGAGUUACGUACCCUGAUGUACUGUAUUCAUUCAUUUCUCUCAGCAAAACUCGCUUCCAUUGAUCCCAACUUCUUGGCCAAUUUUUAA